AUGGCAGCUGCCGAAGCCCUGCGCGAGCAGCUGGCAGAGAACUUCUGUGGCGAGUUGGUGGAGGAAGUGAUCUCGCUCUUUGCCCGGGCCGAUGUCGAUGGCAGCGGUACCAUCAGUGCUGGUGAGUUCCGCCCGCUCCUGUCGGAGCUAUACCUGUGGACGAGCACACCUGUCUUCGAGGACAUGAUUGAAGAAGAGGCCAGCGGACUCAUGCGGGAGUUCGACAAGGACAAAGACUCGGCGUUAGAUGCCAGGGAGUUCUGCACAAUGCUGAAGACCUCCCGGCUGGCCAAGGUCCUGAAGGACCAGUGGAGGUCUCCGACGACCCCAGAGGAGCAGGAGUUCAGCACUCCGCAGGGUCAGCCGGAGGAGUUCCGAAGGAAGAGCUCCGAGCCGAUCUACAUAUUCGAGAAUGGCGACAGGCUUUACGACGCGACCUUGGCCGGCCUGGAUGAGGAGCAAGAGUCGCAAGUUGAUCCCCUGCGACUCUUGGAAUUUCCGGCGCCCCUCGACGCCCUGGGGGUCCUGAAGCACGUGGAAUUGUGGGCCCGGGGCAACACCGACUCCUUCGUCGAAGUCAAGGCGGUUGUGGUAGAUAGCCGGGACAAGCCUCUUUCGACGCGCCUGGCCGUGGGCUUGCUCUACACGCCCCAGGACUUCUACUCGCUGGCAGACUUCCUGAAAGUACAUGACUUCAAGGAAGGCGUCCUGAUGAGGAACGAUGCCAAGCUGUAUGCUUGCGCAGCACUCGCCAGCACCAUGCGGUACCUCAAUGAGACUUGCUCCCGGCCGUAUCAAGGCACUUCCCUGGACCACUUCACUUUGACGAAAAACCCAGAGGGUUGGCACUUCGGCUACCGCCUGCGUCUCCGGUGCGCUUUCUCUACAGAUGAUUAUCAGCGCGGCAAGGUGAUGCCGGGUCCGCUCGGUGUGGAAGAAAACUUGAAGCUCUUGGCAGAUCUGAUCUGGUUGAUUCAUCACUUCUCAACAGAGGAUGAGGACUCCGCGUGCACUGUUGCCACGUACACAUCCAAGCGCUUCCUGGCGAAGGAGAUCAAUGGUGAAAAAGUGCCACUGAGAGCAACCAGGCAGAUUCUGGAAGAGUUGUGGACACAGAGUGAAGGUAAAGUCAACAUGGACCACAUCACCAAAAAGCUGCAGACUCAAGCGCUUGAGCUCGCCGAGGGCUGCAAGCCCUUUCUCCUCCGUGUAUGUCAGUUCUUUCCGAAGCCGAAAGUAGCCGAUUCGGAUGGCAGUUUCACCCCUGCAAGCACGGAAGAGGCGUCAGAACGCAGCCAUGAAAUUGCCAUGUGCCCCUGA